UGCUGUCGCGAUCAUCCAGAUCAUGUGACAAAGACCCGGAAGAGCAAAUAAUUCAAGAUGUCGCAGCACGGAACUACGAGCUAUUGACUUCCUAUAUCUUUCUUCUUUUUUUUGUCCAUAAAUAAAAAUACAAAAUGCAAAACUACGACAAGACAGCUGUGGGCUCCAUGCCUGCAACCGCGCCUGAUUUCAGAGGGAAUGACGGUUCUCUUGUCUCUGUGCUCAAGACACUCUUGUUUUUCACUGUUCUGAUGAUAACUCUACCCAUCGGACUAUAUUUUGCAUCAAAGUCUUUUCUCUUUGAAGCCUCUCUGGGUUUCUCCAGCAAUGACAGCUACUUCUAUGCUGCCAUUGUUGCUGUGCUUGCCGUCCACGUGGUUUUGGCACUCUUCGUUUAUGUUGCAUGGAAUGAGGGAUCACCCCAAUGGAGAGAGGGAAAACAGGAUUAAGCAAGACUGAAAACUACAGGGAGAGAUGGAAACACACACGACAAUCUGUCUUAUUCAUUCCUGAACCAGAAUAUCAUAAUGGAGUGACACCAUCUCUCUGUGUGUGUGUUUACUUUUCUCCUGAAUAUCUCAGCCAAUCAGAGAGAAGAUGCCUGAUUUCUUCUUCAUCUCAUGGAAUGGUCGAGGUCAUCUUUUGGUCUGGCUGGAGGUUGUGUCAAUCUGUGUUUUUGUGCAGGGUUAAUACAGGACAGCAGAGAAGACGCACUGUUCUCAUGAAAGUUCAUUGUUUGUGCAAUGUCACAUUCUGACCCAUUUCAGUCUAUUCGAUAGAUGAAUCCAAUUCUGAAUCAACUGAUUUCAAGCUGUUGUAUUCAAACCUUAGGUCUUCUGUGUAAUUUCAAAGUCUUCCCUUAUAUUUUUACACAAACAUACAGUGAUCAUGUAGACAGUUGGUUGUUUACAACUAGUUUGUGUCUGUGUGAUUAAGUCAAAAAUAAUUCCAAUAUGGUUAAUUUUAUGUUGUUUUAUUGAUCAAUUAAAUCUGUUCUCUGGAACUUUCAUUUCGUCAGUUUUUACUAGAAAUGCACACUUUUGAAGCCCCAAGAGUAUUGCCGUUCUUAUUAGACAUUUGAUCAUUUAUAAAUAUUGUUUAAAAUGACAGUUCUGAGUGGGGUGAGAGUUAAUAUGUUGAUGUUAUGUAUUUUAGAUCAAUGUAGCAAAUAAAUCAAUACUUCAUCUGCCAAUUGUUUGUGCCCCUUUAGGAUAAUAUAAAUAAAAUGAAUUAAUUUUAUUACAGCAUUUAU